AUGAAUCGGUUCACGUCGCAGUCAGUGCGACUCAAGCAUUCCGUCCAUACUCCAGAUAUCUCGCAGAUACCAAACUUUACCAAAUACUCGCCGAUCAAACCCAUCAAUGAAGAGUUGGCGCCAUACGUACUGGAGACCAUGAAGGCCUUUCCCAGUCGAUCUAAGCACAUUAAUCAACAGCACUAUUACCACAACCGUACUGUGCUGAUACAGGAUUAUCUAAGAAAAAGACCCCAUCCCAUGUCAUUGACCCAAUUGGCCCAGUACUAUGAUGACUCAUCGCAAUUGACAAAGCAAAAGAUCAUAACAUCAGGUAAAUUCGUUAAGGAGGAACUAUCCAUCAGAAUGGCACAUAAGUUGAAUUCGUUGCAACAAUUGCCAUUCCAUGUGGUGAACAAUUUCCAUUUUGUUCAAGUUUACGAGUCCUACUACAAUAUUUUUGAAAGAUUCAGAAAGUACCCAACGAUACGAACCAUUGAUGACAAUUGGAGAUUUGCAGCAUUCUUGCGUCAGAUUUUACAGGAUUUUAAUUCUUUAAACCUUCCCCAUUUAAUAAUGGGAGCCCUCGAAUGCACAAUUCUGGAGUUAUACCCGCAGGACAAGAUGGACGAGUUGUUGUCUAGUCUCCUGAGAGCUCGUAUCUCUAGAAGACUGAUCGUUGAAGAGCAUAUUAGUAUUACAUCCAAUUAUGCCAGUGGAAAGAAAGAAAAUACGUUGGUCUUAGGUGACAUUUUCCAAGAAUGCUCUGCCAAAGAAUACAUCGUCGAUGCCAGCAAAAUGUGUCAAAAGUUCAUCCAGGACAUGUAUUUCGAGAAAGUUCCACUUCCCGAGCUUAUAAUCGAUGGUGAGCUUGAUCUGAAGUUUUAUUUCCUGCCGACUCAUCUUAAAUACCUGCUCGGUGAAAUACUGAGGAACACUUACGAAGCAACUGUCAAGGACUAUAUCAGGCAGGGCCUGGAGAAACCACAACCAAUUGUUAUUACAAUUGUGAAAAAUGAUGAGUCCUUCAUUUUCCGUAUAUCAGAUCGUGCUGGUGGAGUGCCACAUAACGAUAAAAACAUAUGGUCUUUCGGCAAAUCUAAGGAGCGUGCAAGUGAAUCACUUGAAAACUUUCACCGCUUACCAGGCCUACAAACAGUGUCCCUCUACGACCAUUUAUAUCAAACAAAGCAUGCAGUAUCCGUUGACAAGGCCAAUCAACCAUACAGGCACACAUCUCUCGAACCCAUGAGCCAUUCUAAUCUCACAAGCGGCAAGUUCAGGUUUGAAACACCAUUAAUAAGGCUCAUGGAAAGAUCCUAUCGCUACAAACUUGGAAUCGGUCUUGCUAUGUGUAAAGUGUACGCCGAAUACUGGAACGGGGACCUAACUCUACACUCACUCCCAGGGUAUGGUACCGACACCGUUUUAAAGCUAGGAAACCUGAUGCACACUCCAAGGAAGCAACAGCUGGAUAAGGUCUAA